GACAUCCACUUACCCUCCUUUUUUAGUUUUAUAUCAUAAUAUCAUAUGAAAAUAUUAUAGCGUCUAAUAAUAAUAAUCACAGACUUCUAUACCAACGCGCGUAUUACAUAGAAAUCUGACGUCUGUGCCAAUAAUAGAUUGUUUAUUAUUGAUGGACAAUGACCGCUGUCGAUGCCGGUCGGGGGUCAGCGACGAUUAACAACGACGAUUUUAUCUUCUUUGUAUUUAAUAAUACCUAAAAUGUGUUUGAAAUCUCCAAUUUUAGAAUCAGAUUUUAGUUUAUAUUCAGAUUUUAUAAAUGUUGGCACAUUACCUUCAGAACUAAAAUUGUGGAAAAUAAAAUGGAUAGCUUUCAAAGAUGUAGAUCGUCCACAUACAGCUGUAGAAGCAUUAAAUUAUUGUAAUCCUGAACUUUUUCCAAAUAUUCAUUUUUUAUUAAAAGUACUAGCUACACUACCGGUUUCCUCAGCAACUCUCGAACGAUCUUUUUCGACAUUAAAACGCGUCAAGACAUUUUUACGAAACUCUGCGGGACAAGAAAGACUAACUGGACUAGCUAUAUUAAUUGUCCAUAGAGAUGUUACGGUUAAUCCCGAUGAAGUGUUAAACCAGUUUGCUCUUCAAAAAGAUAGGAACAUAUUAUUAGUUUAAAAUAAUAUGAUUUGUAUU